UCAAAUCAAGAACGAGCAAAUCGUUUAAAUUGUUUAUAUUUCGCACAAUUGUUCAAUUUUUCUGAAAAAUGUCGAAGAACUUGUCUUUAACAGACGAGCAGAGCCGGCUGAAUGCACGCCUCGAGGCGCACAUGGUGUACAUAUGUCCAGAGUGCGGCAAAGCCUUUCGCACACAGGCCGAGUGGCGUCAACAUUUAAAUACGAAACACGACUACCUGAAGAAAACCUACUCGGACUUUAACUUUAUCCAAAUCGACGAGCGCUUCCAUGAGUGUCAGCUGUGCUUUAAAUGGGUGGAGAACGCCCACAACACAAUCGCCCUGCUGCAGUACCACUACUUCAUGCAUCUGGAGCACAGUGAGACAUACCGCUGCGUGCAUUGCCGCAUGGCGUAUACGAGGCGCAGGGCACUGAACGUCCACCUCAUGGACACCCAUAUGCGAGAGAUCGAGAAGUACGAGAACAAACUGCGCCAAAUGAAGAGGCAACAGCAGCAGGAUCAGAAACUUCCCGCAACCGCAAAUUCUAUAAAUCCGGGAAACGUGGAGAAGCCCGUAGUGCCCAAUAGGUUACCGCGUGGACGGCCAAAAUUGAAUGUCUCAGAAAAAAAGCGCAAAGAUCUGCUGCAAAAGGCACUCAUGGACAUUGACCUAUCAGGGGAAAUGGAAAAGCCUACAACUCAAUCCCCACCAGCUGCGACCAAGACACCAAACAGCACCAAUGCCAGCGAACAGAACCUGGACAGGUGCCUAAAUGCCUACGAGGACAUUCUGCGCAAGGAGGAAGAAAAGGCGCCUAAAUACGAGGCGGACUUGGAUGCACUGUGUCAAGAGUUUUUCGAAGACAAAGACUAUGCCACCAAAGAUAAAGAAGAUGUAAAAAAGGCAGAGGCAGCUGCACCGGGGGAAAAGGAGGAGAAUCAGGAGGUGGUAAUCAUCGAGAUCGACGCACUUGGCAAAGAGGAGGUGGCCCAGCUGAGGAAGGAAAUGAACACAUCGGGUACACAGGUACAGGCGGCCAAGCGACGUCGGCUGUCAACGACGCCUACACGGGAUUCCGAUGCGGAGGUGUCCACCAAUGGUCUGACGAAGCUCAUCUCGUAUUUGUGCCCCAAGUGCGGCAAGGAGAUCGCCUCAAUGGACGAAUGGCGGUCACACGUAUUCAAAAAACAUGACUUCGAGCAUAUCAUUGAGAACAGUUUUAAGAUCCUUGAGCCCGGCCGUAAGGCCAUGUGCCUGCAGUGCCGAGAGGUGCAGCCAACCACCAGACGGUCGCAGUUGCAAAAGCACUGCUUCAAGCAUCUGCCUUACCGCUCGUAUCUUAAGUGCACGCUCUGCGAUCGUACAAAGACCAGUACUUCGAAGAUUUUCAACCACAUUCGCUACAACCACCAAGAGGAGCUGCAGCGAAAGAACAAAACGCAACUGUUGAUCAAAUCGGAGCCCAAGUGGGUGAGUCCCAAAAGGCCAUCGGUACGGUCAGAUAAAGCCGGUUCCGGUGGCGAGGACGAGGAGGGGGAGGAUGAGGGAGUUAGUAUGAUGUGUGAGCACUGCAAUAAGUUAUUCAAGACCAAAUGGAGAUACGGACGACAUAUCGCUGGGUGUCGGAGGGCAGGCAUGCUUCAGCCCAGCAACUUCGUCGAGGGAAGCGUCGCAUUCUUGCUGAACCACCUGCGCGAGGGAUGUCAACGCAUAAACCCCGUCUGGAAAUCAAUGCAGCUUAAUAAAACGUAAUACUUGGACUAUUAAAGUUCAUCUCAUGAGUUGUAGACUUCCCGUAAUACAUCAACUAUUCGAUUGAGAUAUAGUGUUCCGUGUCCUAUGUCUGCCUGGACGUCUCGCCCUCCUGUACAUUUUUUCGGCGACGUUUUUAUCCAUUGCUCCAGGUUGUAUCUCCUCGCGACUUGCUUCUGCCAACGCAGUAUCUUCCACCUCGUGGUUGCUGGUUAUCACCACGAUCUUUCGCUGUUCAUGAUUUAACUCGGCCUUUUUCAUCAAUUUCAGGAAUCGUGCAAAUUUUUUCUGUAGUGGGGCUCCUCCUACCGUUGUUGUAGUUACUUCACCUUCGUCCGUUUUUUGGAUUCCACUUCUCCUCUGAUUUUUGGCAUGGAUAAAGGAUUAUUAUGUGAUGCUGUCACCUCACGGGUGGCCUGUGCUCUUUUUGGUGUUCCUGAUCCUGGUGCUCCUACCGUACCUUCUUUUGCUCUUCCGUCUUCCUGGGCUACGGUCAAAUAGAUGGCCAAUACCACAAAAAUAAUACCACUUAGGCACAACCUUUUCCAACUAGAAAUCAUGGCGUAUUAAAUGAUUUCUUUCAAAAAUUAAAUAGCAAGCCUGUAAUCCGUGAAAUCGGAAUAUUUGUAAUAGUAUACACUUAUUAAAAUUGUUAUUUUAAGCUAAAAUCAAAGUUUUAAAAA